UCGAAGCGGUUCGAAGAAAGUGGAAGUGAACGGAGAUCGAAAGUUUCGCUGCAACCGUCUUCGAGCAGGCGAAGAAGACGUACCAAACUCAGACACGGUUUUGUUCGUAGGGACUGGUCUUUUUGGUUCUCACGAGUGCGGAGUCGCUCGCGGAGGAUUAAAGUUCAAAAGCCAGACCCAGUCCCGGCGUCCCGAUCCAGUCCCUGAAUUGGCCAGGAGGCCGCCAGUGAAUCGAGGAUCGUCGAUCGGUGCAGACGCGACGUUUUCACGCCGUACGUAACGCCGACAUGGUCAUGGACACGAGCACGGUGCGUCUGGUGAUAUUCCUAGGGAUGUUUCUGGUGUUCGCCGGGGACUACAGUUACCUGGUAGCGACGAUAUUCGGCAAAACGUCCGAACGGAACGUCACGCAGACGGUCAAGGGCCCGGAGGGCCCGCCAAGGGACACUAUGCGCGACAGGAUACCGCUCACGUCCAAGAAGGACGACGAGAAAGAACUCGCGGCGUUGCGACGCGCCCGAAUGAUGGCGACCAUCAAGACUGCUUGCUUGCCUAAACUGAUUUGCGAACUGACCUCGUUCGUCCAUCAAGACCAGCUGAGCGAGAUGGAGCGAUCGUUGCUGAACUUGAUCAGGGACACGAGUUUGAGCACAAUGGCGGAAGUGCCCUCGAGGUACCACUUCGCGGCGCAUAUGGGUCAACUGAUAUCCGGCGUGGAAGGUCAGGGAUGUCACAAUUUCUACCCCACCUGCCCGCUGCCCGGCUCCAGCGUUCUUAGCAUGAUGAAGAAGAUUCGACUGCGGUGAACCGACGAGAUCCUCGACUGUCGACGACAGAAACCGAAGAUUACAAUGAAGCCUGUGAUAUCGUGGACGAUUUCUCUGUCAACCCCCGACGUUCCACCAAGGACACGGUCCUCGACGAUCCGCAAACCCCUCUUUACGCAAAGAGACUCACCGAGAUUACAAAACGCAACGUUCAUUUCCAUUUUUCCCCAAAACUAUCGUCGAUAUUAUUUUAUCAACCAUCGCUACGCGCUAACAAGAGAGAAAUAUUCCUCCGAACUCUAUUUAUAAACGAGAUUUAAAGUUCGAGAAAUUUUCGUUAGAUCAACGCUCGCUGAACAACGUAGGGGUUAUUUUACGUUACGCUUAAGAGGAUUAAAUAGUAUUUAACGCGUGCAAGAAGUACAUGGAAGUUCGCUAUUAUUUAUUGUUUCGAAACGGCGCGCUUCAAUCGCGAUCUAAAACACGAUACUCGAUGAAAUUGUACAUUAUACCGUGCUUGCAUUUUACGUCGUCUGAAAUGCACGAAUAAACGCGUUCGUAUUGUUUGUAAAGCCCUGUCGUCGGAAGGAGGAGGCACCAACAAAUUCGCUAUUUCAUUCGGUAAAAUUUAAUACCUCUCGUAUUUCCAGUCGAAAUACGGAGACUUCCGCGAAACGAUAUCGACGGUUUCAUUUCCUGGCGGAAAAUACAUAAAGCGGACUUUAUUUUCGCUGUCCCUUCGAACGGGGGCGGCUGUACAUUUUCUCGUUUUCGCGAUCCUUCUUCCACGGUCGCGUAUUACGUAAUAGCCCCGGCUACACCCCUAUUAAUUUCCCGCCAAUUACGGGACAUUUUCCGCGUUCUCGAGAUUCCUCCCUAAUAGCCGUCCCGCGGAAAGUUACCGUCGCUAGAACCGAUCUCGACGAAGUAGCCUUUAUUUACCAUCGACGUACAAUAUUUAGCGAGCGUAUAAUGUUCACAAAGGCAGCCGGAGGAGACCCGAGGUAAUGGCUCUUGCGCUCGAGUCCGCUUCUUCUAAUUAUUUCGCUCGGCCACGACCAAAAAGGGACCUUAAUUUACGCGAUGACGGUUUAUUCUUCCCGUCAUCGUUACCGUUUCGCGUUUAAUACGAAUCGCGGGAUCGCGUUUUGAUUAAAUUUGAUCGAUUUAGAUUGAUCGUCAAUCUUAUCAGCGCCUCCUUUGAUCGUAGAAACCAAAGCAGUUGUCAGGGGACCAUAUUUAUGGAAAAGGUGUACUCUGUUCAGACGUUGCAAAAGUAGAAACCUAGAUCUAUUAAUUUUAACUAGCUUUGUAAAAAUGGCAUUAAAUUCAUCGAUUUAAACAGUCUUCAUGAAUAUUCUUCAAUAUAACCAACGUUUUUUCUCUGCUUAUAUAUAUUUUUAUAUAAAACUAGCUUCUAAGAUGUUGAGAUAUCUAUCACGAUGUUCAAUUAUGUACUUUUUUAAGUUGUUUCUGCUUCUGCUACCGUUUCUUCUUUUCUGAUUAUUGGGGAACCUUUUUACAACUGUUUUUGGUCCCUACAAGCAAACGAGAUAUUUUCAACGGAACUGCUUGGAUUAUUAUGAAACCAAUCUGCAGUACGCUCCUUUGCAAUAGAAUAGAUCGAAGUGUGUUGAAAAAUAUUCUCUGUAUCUAUGGACACGAAGGGGUAAAUUGCAUUCGUUUAAGUUCGAUGUCUACUUGAUAAGUUAUUUGCCCAAUACUUUCUCUCAAAUUAAAGAGAACUAUUUUUAUACUUUAAGCAACUGAAUAAAAUUUAAUUACUCCAACAAUCAAUCUUAUAAAU